AUGAAUGUAGAGCAGGCUCGGUGGAGAGCUCUAGGUGAUCGCAAACGCGUUCUUGAGAACAAAGUUCUACUGACGUUCCAUAAAAUGCUCAAUAUGAGUAUGCACGCCGCUGAGUAUCCGGAUCCAGCCGUACGGAAGAGCUCUAGCAUACGAGCUCGAGCCCAAACAGCAGUCGCCCGAUUAAAGAACGGCCGGGAUGGGCGCAAUACCUCGAUACGAUCCGCCGAGCCACGCCAAACGCGAUCCAACGUAAACACAUGCUUCACUCACCCCAACAACACUUUCAUUGAGAUUUGUUCAGGGCCAAUCGUCAUCGAAGGACAGCCAUAUCAACUACCAGCCAAGGGUGAGGACGCCAAUGGUUUCACAAACGGUUUCGCGCCCAUUUGGAAGUGCUAA